AUAUUUAGAGAAUAUAUCAGAGCCAGAUCGAGAGGAAGCAAUCAACAACCCAUGCUUAGUUGCAAACUCUGUAUUGCAUCAUUGUGGUGAAAUCUUGAUAUCCAUACUCCAUUUCAAAGGGUGUAAAUUUACAUUAAUUAUUCUCAAAUGAUCAGUGAAAUUUGUUAUCUGAUGACAUUAAAGAAGUUAUAUAUGUCAAUUAGAUCUAAAUGAUCGACUGCAUAUUAAGAGAAUCUCAAAGCCAGAUCGAGUGGAAGCAAUCAACUACACAUGCUUGGUGACAAACACUGUAAGUAUUUACUUCCACCAACCUAUCUACGUACCUUCUUCUGCCUCUUUUUUUUUUUGUUUUUUUGAUGAUUUUGUAGUAUUGGUUAUAGUACAGGUCUACAACUUAUGAUCUGUGCUUGCACUCCCUUCUCCAGAUAUUGCAUCAUUUUGGUGAAAUCCAUAUUCUACUCCAAAGAGUCUAGAGAUUUACAUCACAUCCUUCUCCAGAUAUUGCAUCAUCUUGGUGAAAUUUAUACUCUACUCCAAAGAGUAUAGAUUUACAUUAAUUAGUUUCAAGCAGUUUGUGAAAUUUGCUAUCUGAAAUAGAAGAAACCAUAUAUCUCAACUAGGUAUGUAAGACUUCAUUUCUUCUCAGAUAGUAGAUACCUCAUUUGUUUCUAUCAUGGGGUACGUAAUGUUUCUCCGGAAUCAAGGAUACAGGCCCACAGCCGUUGAUUACGUGAGGUGGGGACCACUGGACCAGAGGACAUCGUGCGGACAACGAGAUUUUUUUUUUUUUCGUGGGGGGGAAAUUUCCUAAUGGUCCCAAGUAUGUGUCAUCAGAAAAUGCAAGGAAAAUUCCGUAAUGGCAAGAACCAACAACGAAACAAUUGAGGUAUUUAGAAGUUAGUAAUGAUUUUGUCUCAUUUUUAGAAAGGAGGAACCAGAAAUGAAUGAUAUUUUCUGUGAAAAUGCAGGUAUGAACCUACUAAACCAAUGAAAAAAAU